UCUGAGCCCUCAGAUGAGGUUCACUGCUACGUCUCAGUCACGUGUCCCUCCUCAGUGAAGGCUUUGCUCUCUGCGGCUCCUCAGCACACAGCCAGCAGCGAGGCUGAAAUGUGAGAUGCAACUCAGGGGGACUCGCUCAUAGAGGCAAAGUUAUGGCACAAUCAUCAUCGGAGAAAAAGGCCCCGCAGCAAUUUCUCUCUGCCAAAAAGUCCCUCACUGGUAAUGCGCACGUCUUUCUGGGACGCACCACUCCGGAGCGACAAAGCCCCAAAUUACGCAUCAAUUUUAACUAAUUGAAAAUAGGGACAGGAACGCGUCGAGGACUGUCGGAGAUUACAGCAUCGUUGAUUUGAGUGAGGGGCACGAUGCAACAGGCCUGUGAAGUGAAGAUAACAACUAGUUCACAGCUGCACACGGUGUAAUGCCAAUCUUGAUGCAGCCAUAGUUACAAGUGCCCUUCGACCAACCUGAGAAUGACACUAGGAGAAUAAGACUCCUGAGUUUAUUCGUCAACUCCAGAGCCUUCAGGCAUACUACCAAAUCAACAAAAGAGUUUUCAGAACAACUCUCAUACAGUGGAUUCUAUGUCUUCAAAAGUGAUCUAUUGAACCCUGGCCUGAGCAGUGAAACCAAGACAGCCAUGAACCUGUUCAGGAAGGAUGCCAUGACCACAAAGAAGGAGAAGGAAAAAGACAUCCAGUACGAGGACCCUCCAGAUGGAGGUUGGGGCUGGAUGGUGGUCCUGCAUUGCUUCCUUGUAAAUGUCCUAGUGAUGGGAACACUGAAAAGCUUUGGGAUCUUCUUUGUGGCAUUCCAAGAUGAGUUUGGAGGCUCGGCAGAGAGCAUCAGCUGGAUCGGUUCCAUCAUGUCGAGUCUGCGUCUGUCUGGAGCACCCAUUGCCUCUGUGGCCUGUGCCAAGCUCGGAGCCAGGUUUACCUCCAUCGCCGGGGCAGUGCUUGUUAGUGGAGGCUUCCUCAUAAGUAUUUUCGCCAACAGUGUGGUGUUCCUCUAUAUCAGCAUGGGAGUGAUAGUUGGAAUGGGUUUUGCACUACUAUACCAAUCCUUCUCAGUGGUCACAGCCCUGUAUUUCCGAAAGAAGCUAGCCACAGCGUAUGCGAUCGGGCGUUCUGGGAUGGGUUUGACUUUUGCCCUUGCUCCGUUCACUCAGCUGCUCCUGGACCAAUACGCUUGGCAAGGUAUCACAGAGACCAUUGCCCAGCUGGCCUCGGGCUGGGUGACAGACAGGAACCUGUUCCAUAAAUACCACUACCACAAGGCCUACCUGAUCCUCUGUGGCCUAGUCAACCUGCUCUCCCCACUGGCAACCUCCUACAUCCUGCUGAUGGUUUAUGCCAUCUUCUUUGCCAUCUUCUGUGGUGGAUACAUGGCUCUGCUGCUGCCUGUUUUAGUAGAUCUCGUGGGGUCGGAGAAGCUCAACAACUCCAUGGGCUUCUCCAUGUUCUUUGUCGGCCUGGGUUGCCUCACAGGGCCUCCUCUAGCAGGGUUCCUGUACGACUACACUCAGACUUACGACUGUUCUUUCUACCUGGCUGGGCUCUGCUAUCUGCUCUCCUCCCUCUCCCUGUUCUUGGAGCCGCUGGCUCAGCGCUGGAAGGCCAGGAACAAACUGACCCGGGACAAGAGAGCUGAAAGCAGCUGUAAGACCAACGGCUGCUUCACCCCCGACCGCCUACAGAACGGCGCUGUGUAGGAAUGAAACCCAGGGAAGGCCUUCGAUCUUGAAUCAGCAUGCUCAUAACUUGCCAUAGGCCUGCAUACCUUGGACCUUGGACUCAAGCUUAAAGUCGGGGCCUCAAGUGACCCUUAAUUUCAGCUGGAAAGUAACACGGGCCGAGGAGGUUAUGACCUGCCUAAGAUGUCUAAGAACAAACAGUAGUUGGGAUGUUGGUGAAUAGAUGAUUAUGCUGAACUUUUAAAAAGCCAAAAUUUUAGUGCAAAAUAUUUUAUCCCCUAUUCCUGUUCUUAUCAGAGGUACAUGAAUCCAAACCGAAGAUAAUCCCGUACAUACAUCAUCCAGCACAUUUUAAUACUAGCAGCUUUGCAACCAUAAAUUUAUAAAACAUAAUCUAAAUCUGUUUUCUAAUCCAACACCAAACUGCAUUCACUUUGCAGCAACUUUUCACUAACUAACCUAUGCAGUUGAUCUAGAAAAUCCUUUUAGUCUUCAACUAUUGUUUUUCCGUGAUGACAUUAAUGGAAGCACAUAUGCCAUGAAGAAAUACUUUUCACCUGAUUUCACUGGAAGCCUUUACCUGUAUCUGUAAACCUGUACUCACUGAUAUGCACUUUGGGCCAAGUUGUGAUUACGCUGCAUGACAUUUCCUCUGACUGUUAACUGCCAGAAACUUAAGAUAACAAGCAACCACUUAAUGGCAGCCUGCUUCUGUGACACGAUGUGUAAUCUGCUCCUCAAAGCCAAAAAGCAGCAAGUGAUUCUGUAGUAUCUCUUGGCCCAACAAGAUUACUGUAGAUUGUACGGCAUGCGCUAGCAUUUGAAGGUAUAACUGGUGUGCUCGCUUUUGGUGAUGGACACUCGUAUUCAAGUAUUUAUAUCUUUAUUAUUAAUGUUCUAGACGCUUUUUUAUCCGUCUACUACUUUCAAAUAGAGUCACCAUUCAAAACUUCAAAACAUAUAGCUCAUUCAGGACAUCUGUGCUUCUGUUCAGAUUUUUGGAUAUCUUUCUUCCAUUUUUUUCCCCUCACCGACAAUAUGGCCAUUUUAUUUUCCUCUUUAUCCCCUUUAUACCUAUACUUUCAUCUUGAUACUACCCUUUGUACCUAACAACAUUAGUUCAGUUUUUUAAGAUAUUUCUUUCUGGAAUUGCAUUCGAAGCUUUAAACUUCAGGAGCUAUAAUGCAUGUGUUAAUAAUAACACUAUGAUAAUAAUUGUGCUGGUGACACUGACUUCUGGAAAUGAAGCAUUCAAAGGCAGUCGGAAGUUAAACUAAAAUCUCAGCUUUGUUGAGCACUUGCACAAAAACUGACCCUUUAACUUCUCUCACUGAUUUCACAUUAAGUAACCCUCUCAACUGCUUCUGAUCUCUUAGAUUUAAACUGACAUUUAAACUGCUGCCACUAUUUACAUACCAACUCUACUAUCUCUUGUACUUUGUAGUAUUCGUACUUAUCUUUCUUUUAUUGUUCAACGUUUAACUUAAGUUUCAUCGGUAAUUUCUAAUGCUGCAAUUGACAGUUUGACUUUAUCUCCUCACUUCAGCUGAUUAACCACAUUCAGCACUCGCAUACAAAUAGCUUCUGACCACAAACAAACAUGAAACUGAAAUUUUCACAUGCUUUCAGCUCUAAUACUUCAACUGACACCUCAAAAUUCAACCUGUGUGAGUGCUUCAACUGUAAUCACAUUUUAGGGCAUUUUAACCUGUUUACAGUGUUUGCACCUGCAGUCUUUAGUGCAAACAAACACACUUCAUUUUUUCUACUUUUUUAAAAUCAAAAUCUCAGUUGUGACAUUUUAGAUACUAUGACAAACCAACUGCCUUUCUCCGUCUAUGGGUCAGUAAUGAUAAUACACAUUUAAAUAACUCCAGUUACUCGGCAGCAUCUGCAGAUGAGAAAACGGUCACGCCUAGCUCAUCGUUUAUGAGCUGUUCUAUGCAAGUGCACACAGAGAGAGAUUUUCCUGUCAUUAACAGCUCACUUGCACAUCAUUUUAACUGUAGCAAAGAUAACAGCUCCUGAAAGAGUAAUCCUGUUUGUUUAGAUGUUUCCUAAAUAUUGAUCACAGUUGGGCUGAGGGGCGAUGGAGCUGAUAUAGUAGGGGUUUAUGUGUGAGUGUGCGUGGUUAAGUGUCAUUUUGUCGACCUUGUAUGUCUGUAAAUCUCUAAACCAACUGUGUUAUGAAGAUUUUUUGCUGCAGUUGCCCAUAUAGAAGAAGAUGCACAGUGCCCCAACUGGACUAGAAGGAAACUGUUGCCCAGCUUUUACAGUGCCUGCAGGCAGCCAAUUAUUGGUAAUGCAACCUAUAAUUAUAUUGUGUUUAUAUGUGUCUGAGUCUGUUGGUUGUUUUUAUGUAGCAGAGGAUUUUGUGUUUUCACCAGUUUGCCUUACAAGGUACUGUAUUGUAUCUUUACUAACUUUCCUGUGAUGUCAGCCAAAGACACAUUAGAAAACCUACCUACAACUUGAAGGUUAUUGUUAGUAAAAAAAACAGUUUGGACAGUUUAUAUCAUUCAAACCACUAUGAACACCCAUUAUUCAGACAUCUCCAAGUCAUGAUGACAGCCCAAAAUUAGUUUUGUUACGCUGCCCUCUUGUGGCAGAGGGACGCUUCUACUCAAAGAAUGCUGUCUCAAUUAGUACCAAAUUAUUCCCCCUCAACUCACUUUCACAAUACUGAGCAAGGCUCUUUGUAUUGUUUCAAUAACGACAGUCAUGCACAAAAGCUCUUUUGGCUCAUGAGUUGCAUUCACCACCAGUAUGCUUUUGUGAUUGAGGACCACUGAAUAUUUUGUACCAUAAUAAAUCUUUUUAUGAAAAGUAUUUGAUGCUUUAAAAGUAGAUUUUGGUUUGGUUAUUUUACUUGUUAGUUAUCUGCAUAUUUUAAGGAACUGUAUGUUUGAGAAAUAUCUUGAAAUGAUUUUUAUCUGUCUAUGUCUCAAACACCUCUGAUAAGGAACUGAGUUCUGUUCGAUGGCGUUUGAUCUUGUAUUGUUGCACUGUUUUGUCACUACUCUGGAUCCUAGAUUUGUGAACUGAUACUUUAGAGAAUAUGCUUAACCAAUGAUAGAUAUCCUGCUCUGAGCCCUUAGAGUUCAUUUUUAAACCUUGUAACAGUGCUCAGUCAGCUGUAAUAAACUGACAUGUGACUCAAUUCUGUUCUUGUGUGAUUCAGACAACUCGGCAAUAAAUGCACUGAUA